CGCCAUAAACUAAGGGGGGCGAAAAAAGAAAAAAAAAAAAAAAACCCCAAAGCCAGCACAUAAAAUAAUUACAAUCUCGCCUCUUCCCGUUCUAAAAUUCUUCAAUCGAAUGUUGGGGUCUUCUCAAAGGGGAAGAAAUUCCCCUUGCCAGAGAAGAGCAGGAAAAUUUUAAUUACAGGAUCUUAGAUUUCUGUGGAUACAAUGGAAGAUUCCGAUGAUAUGGAUUGUGAAAGAGACAAUCACUUUCUUGAAAAAAGCAAGAGAAGACUGAAGACACCAGCACAGGUUCAGGCCUUAGAGAAAUUCUACAAUGAGCAUAAGUACCCGAGUGAGUCAAUGAAGUUGCAAUUUGCCAAGCAAAUAGGAUUGUCAGAGAAGCAAGUUGCCGGAUGGUUCUGCCACCGAAGAUCAAAAGACAAAAGGUUACUGCAGGAUGAAUGCUAUGUAAACAGAAAACAGAAUCCUUCAGCUGUUGCUAUACAUGACAGUACUAGUGGAUUUGGACAAGAGUCGUGUAACAGUACAAAACAAGUCGACAGGUAUUUUGAUGGUAAAGAAGUAGAAAGCAACCGGUUUCAUGGCAAAAAAAAUUCGGCAGCUGUUCCUGAGCAAAGAGGAAAACUCUCCCAUGUUAAUGUUGUUGAUGAUCAGUCUUCAGGAAGUAGUACAACAUCAUAUGAAAGGUUAUUAAAGCAGGGCGUUGAUGAAGAUUGCAUGUAUACAAACAUCAAGAAUGGAACAAAGAGAGGAUAUAUGGUGGAGAAAAGGUCUUCAUAUUUGCUUGAUUAUGUUGAAAGUCCUGCUGUUUCGAUGGUUAAGUUGAAAUUAGGUAGGGAGUACCACGAAGAUGGUCCUCCUCUUGCUACUGACUUCGACCCUCUUCCUCCUGGUGCUUUCGAUUCGCCAGUUAGAGACGCAGAUAAUGAGCCAUAUUAUGUGGGAGAUCCUAUCCAGCCGAGGUCUUGUAGCAUUGAUGUGAUUGCUGGAAACAAUGAGAGGUAUAACAAAUUCAAACUUGAGAGGAUACCGAAUGGCUUAUGUCCUCGAGCUGGCUAUGACAGAAACUUACAGAGAUUUAAUCUCCAGAGUAACAAUACCAGCAGCCAAUUGACCCCAGAAUUCUCAGACAUCAAGAACUAUAGUCACACCCCAAGUAGAAUAUUCAUAAUGGAAGACAAGAAUGGAGAUUUUACAGGAGAAGCUUCUUAUGAUUAUAGAAGGAAAAAUAUGAGACCCUCUAAAUACAGAUUAAAUGAGGUAUCUGCUAACAAUAUUGACAUCCCUUCUAGUCAUCAGUGCAGUGCUCCAUUGUCUCAGAGGGAACUCUAUGGAGCUAAAAUUUCAAAGCCAGCAGUUAAGAGUAGAACAAAAGAACAUUUUCCUAUCGAAGAAAUUGUGAAGCCAAAAGGGACAUUAAAAAUUUUGAAGAAGAUUCAUAAGCAGAACGGAUUUCGUCAAAAUUGCAAUUCAAUUUUGCCAGAAAUGCUAGUGACAUCUGAUACUCAAAUGACUAGGAAAGUGCAUGGUGAAGUCUUUGGGAGCAAAUGGCGUUGAUGAAAAAUCCAAAGAAUUUUAAGGGCAAUUUGUUCCUGCGAGGACAAUACUAGAGGAGCGACCUCGUCAUGAGCUGAUAAUAUCGAAUUAGUAUUGAACCAUGCCAAAUUUUGUCAAAUAUGGGAGGACUAUGUAAAAUUGAUCGGUCAUACUGAUUCAUGUUCAGAAAGGUUUCCUGUUGUAACAUUUGUAUAUAUCUUAGAUACUAAAUGCUGAUAUUAUGACUUGUAGCAAAAAAGAAAUGAUUUCACUGUAUUUGCGUGCAUCAGUCCAAUAUAUGUUUUUCUCUAAUUUCUGAAAGA